UCCGAUGCACCGUGUGGAGAAGAGGAGGAGGAAGUCUGCCUCAGCCGAGUCUUCUGCUCUGACGGUAUCGUGUAUGUGGGACUAUUAAACAGACACGAUGGUGGCGACGGGAGGCUGAUAGCAGUUUAACAUGUGGAGCUUUAGUCAUCAUUCCAAGGUAAAUGCGUUGGAGAGACUUUUAUUUUAGUUGAGCGUCUCCCUUGACGUAAAUUGCUCCCUUUAUCGGACAUGCUCUCACCUUCCCCUAGUGGACAGACCAGCUCAGUGCACAAGGACCAGAUAAACGAGUGAAACGUGAUGCAGACCAUGGCCUAGGGACCAGGGCCUCCGGACAGGGGUGUCAGCGGAGACCCAGACAGUCUCGUGGGUUUCCGUGACUUGAGAAGCCUUCACUUCUACUCUGUUUGUUUAUAACCCUCAGCAUCCUCACUGCUCUGGACCACAGGUUAGCAGAUGACCAGAAUGUGCAGCUCCUAAACUUGGACAGAAGCACUCUCCAUCAUGGACUCCAAAAAGCAAGGGGUCUUGAAGCACCUGCGCCAGAGGGUGCACCCGCUGCUGCCUAACUUGCUGAGGAACAAGACACCCUCAAAAAAGGGAGCUCUGCAAUCUGGGCUGGCCCCAGACCACCGCAUGAGCUCCUCUGUACCGGACAUUAGACACAACUAUGUCCCUCUCCCAUCCACCGCACACAUCCAAAAAAGGGACAUGUCCAGCUAUAGCAACCCCUCAACACCGCUCAACAAAACAGCUAGGAGGCAGGCAGCAGGCGGGAGUGGCCUGAGGAUGGAAGCAGGGAGGAGUGAACAAGUCUUAUGUGUGCCAGCAGACUGCACAGAUGGGAAUUCCUCCAGAAACUCUGAUAGCUACCUCAGCCAGAGGCACCUGAGAGGUGCUGCAGACAUGGAGCCAGAGGAGUUGAGCCUGCCUGAGGUCAUGACCAUCUACAGCCCAGAGCAGCCCACCGGGGAGACACAACAGCAAGAUGACAAUACUGAAUUGAACAGUGACAUGAUCAUCAAUGGAGACACCCAAACUAUUGAGCCGGGCGGUGAGACUCUGGCUGGGUCAGAGGUCACUGAGCCUGUAAAAUCCUUUCUGGUGACCAUCACGCUGAAGGAAGGACACAACCUCGUCAUCAGAGACCGAUGUGGUACAAGUGAUCCAUAUGUCAAAUUUAAACUGGACGGAAAGACGUUCUAUAAGAGCAAAGUUGUAUAUAAAAAUCUAAAUCCUUUAUGGAAUGAGACCUUCUCUAUGCCAAUCAAAGAUCUGAACCAAAAGCUCUAUAUUAAGGUAUAUGACCGUGAUCUAACAACUGAUGACUUUAUGGGCUCUGCUAGUGUACUUCUGAGUGAACUGGAGAUGGACAAACUAACAACGAUGUCCCUGCCACUGAACGACCCGAAUAGCCUGGAGGAGGACAUGGGGCUGGUGCUUAUGGACAUGACCCUUACACUCAGAGAUGGAGGCAGCAGGAAAUUCAAUCGAUGGUCCAGAAAACGCAGCAGUAGGUCAGGAAACCCACAGCAGACUUUUCGCCUGUCAGACACAUUAAAGAAGAGCCAGCUGUGGACGUCUAUGGUGACAGUGACUCUGGUGGAGGGCCAGGACCUGCCUGCGGAGCCUUCAACGGGGCACUAUUUUGUUUCCUUCAGACUUGGAGAGCAGAGAUUUAAAAGCAAGAGUAAAAGCAAAAUGGCCAAUCCACAGUGGAAGGAGAAGUUCACAUUUAACCAGUUCUUCGACAGUCCGGACAUUAUGGAGGUGGAAGUCUGGUCUAAGGAGGGACGCAAGACUGAGGAGUGUCUGGGAGUGUGUGAAGUGAACCUGUCCCAGAUCUCUGUCAAUCAAAGGAAGCUCUUCACGCACGUGCUGGAGCAUGGGAGGGGCCGUGUGCUCUUCCUGGUGGAGCUAAGCGCGUGCAGUGGCGUCUCCCUGUCCGACCUGUGCGCCGCGCCGCUUGACGAACCACGUGAAAGACAGAGCCAGCUGGAGAACUAUAGUUUGAAGAGAUCUUUAAAAAAUUUGCAUGAUGUUGGUUUUCUUCAAGUGAAAAUCCUGAAAGCUUCAGACUUGAUAGCAGCUGAUAUAAAUGGGAAAAGUGAUCCUUUCUGUGUGUUGGACUUGGGAAACGACAGGCUUCAGACGCACACAGUCUACAAAACCCUGUACCCAGAGUGGAAUAAAGUGAUUACACUCCCUGUCAAAGACAUUCACGAUGUUCUGAUGGUGACGGUCUUUGAUGAGGAUGGGGACAAGGCGCCAGACUUUUUGGGGAAAGUUGCCAUUCCUCUGCUUUCGAUCCGGGGGGGACAACAGAUCACACUCCCACUGUUAAAACAGGACCUGAGCGGCCUGUCAAAGGGGAGCAUCACUCUGGAGCUGGAGGUCAUCUUUAACCCUAUCAAAGCAAGUAUAAGAACAUUUCAACCGAAAGAGAGGCUUUUUAUUGAAGAUAAUCCAAAAUUUUCCAAAAAGGCCCUGGCUCGAAAUGUGAUGCGCGUUCAGACACUGUUGAGGGCUAUCAUGUCUGCACUGCAGUACAUCAAAAGCUGCUUCCAGUGGGAGAAUACUCAGAGGAGCCUGCUCGCCUUCUUGUUGUUUGUUGUGGUGGUGUGGAACUGGGAGUUUUACAUGCUGCCGCUCUUCCUGGUCGGACUCAUCUCAUGGAAAUAUAUGAAAAUUCGGUCUUCUCCGGCCAGUCAAGAUCUGGAAAAUAUGGAUGUGGCCGAUGAGGAGGACGAAGAUGAAAAGGAAUCAGAGAAGAAAGGUCUGUUAGACAAAAUUCACAUGGUCCAAGACACUGUCAUUUUAGUUCAAAAUAUCCUCGAUGAGAUCGCCUGCUUCGGAGAGAGGAUUAAAAACACAUUCAACUGGUCUGUGCCAUUCCUGUCCUGCUUGGCUUUUAUCAUCUUUGUCAUCGCCACUGUGCUCACGUACUUCAUCCCAAUUCGUUACAUCAUUUUAGUCUGGGGUAUCAAUAAAUUCACCAAGAAAUUACGGAACCCGUACAGCAUCGACAACAACGAAGUGCUCGAUUUCCUGUCCCGAGUGCCUUCAGAUGUGCAGAAGGUGCAGUAUAGUACGACCAGAGGCACCAAGAGGAAGAGGACCUCGUAGUCUGUGAAAGAAACAUGAUGCUGCUCUUUGCACAAGGAGGUGGAUGAGCACUUUGUUCUUUGACGUGUGAUACAUUUUCAAAUGUAAUUCUGCAGUGAAUGGAAAAAUGUAUUUCAACCAAAGAUGUAAAAAUUUAGUUUCAUCCUCAUGCUGCAUCGGUAACAUUAAUAAUAAUAGCUACUUUAAGUUGUCUUAAUAAAGCAUGAAAAAGAUUUAAUUUAUAAUAAACAAUUAGUUUAUUAAGAAUGAUUUAGGCUUAAUACUUACUUAAUUAAUACCCUAACACUAACUCCUAUCCCUAAGUAGUUUCUUAGCCAGAAUCAUUCUUAAUAAACUUUGUUCAUUUUGAAUUCAGUUUUUGCUCAUUCUUCAUUAAGGCUAAUUAAGGUAUAGUUAUAAAGUGGUACCAUUGUAUAUGUAUGUAUUUUAUAUUUACAUUUCAGCUCUUAUGACCUCAUAUAAGAUUGUAUUGUACAGUUUACUUGAUCUUUUAUUUGGUUUUCCUAUUUUCAUUGUAUUUUAUAUUUCUGAAUGUAAGACAUAUCGAUAGAGUGUAUUUUCUAUAUAAAGGCUUACUAUGUGGGAUCACCAUAUAAAAGCAUGACGGCGUGACAGAUACACAGCAAUGGGUAUUAUAAAUAGAAUGCCAGAUUAAAUUAUAUGUUCCACAAGCAAAUCAUACACCCGUUUUACUCCGGUUCAUUUCAUCAUGCUUCGGUAUUUAUGUCACUUUUAUUAUUUUGCUUUUGGUUGAACCGUUAUCAAACUUGCAUUGCACUCCUCUUGGUAUUAUACCCUUUGCUCUUGAACAAAAUCUCAGCAACUCUGUAAUACACUAUUUAUUAAUGACUGUUCCGCUGAAAUCUGUCUGCCUCUCAUAUCCAUCAGCAAUAAAAACUCAACCUCC